CCUCCACUCGGACAACCAGUCUUUUCAAUCGUUCGCGUCUGCGACAGUCGCCGAUUUCGACUCCGCUAAACUACGGUGUAACCAAAAUAUGAGUGUAAACUGCCGUUAUACGAGUGUAUAUUUGUUAUUUCUAAGUGAAUAAUAUUGUGACAACAGUGCUCAACACUUGUGUUAUGAAGUUUUGUGAAAGUUGACGGAGGUUAUCGAGAACUUCGGGUGUUUCGUCGCUUAUUUACCUCAUGGCGGGCUCCGGGGGGCUGUCAGAGUGGACAGAAGGCGCGGCAGUAUGGUUCCAGCCGGCAGGCGCGCCUGCUCCCCUGCCCGGCUCGCUGCUCGAGGUGCACCGCGCCGCCAGGGUGCUCCUCGUCAGCGCCAUCGUCAAUGGACAGCCCCAGACCUUUGCCCUCCAAAUGGGCAAUGGCGAAGAGGAAGGCGACCCAGUGUGGCCUCGCGAGGAGCUGGGCCCUACAGGCGUGGACGAUAUGACGCGUCUCCACGACCUUCACGAGGCGGCCCUACUGUGGAACCUGAAGCUGCGAUACGAACAGGGGCUCAUCUACACUUACGCCGGCUCCAUACUGGUGGCCGUCAACCCGUACCGGCCCGUGGAUGCCUUGUAUGGACUGCAGACUGCUAGGAGAUACCACGCAGCGGAAGCCCUAGGAGACCUUCCACCUCACCUCUUUGCCAUAGCCGCCGCUGCGCGCGCCUCUCUGCCCCAGCCGCAAGCCAUACUCAUCUCCGGAGAAUCCGGUGCUGGAAAGACCGAGUCCACCAAACUGGCCGUCCAGUUCCUCGCAGCAGUAGCCCCUGCCCCUCCCGGCAGAGCCCCCGUCUCCGAACAAAUCCUAGAAGCAGCACCCCUGUUAGAGGCCUUCGGAAACGCUAGAACGCCAAAAAACCACAACUCUAGUCGCUUCGGCAAGCUGCUCGAACUAUACUUCAAAGACGGAGCGUUAGCCGGCGCGAGAGUCGCCCAUUACUUGCUGGAGAAGUCUCGGAUAGUCACGCAAUCGCCUGGCGAAAGGAAUUACCAUGUCUUCUAUGAGUUGCUAGCUGGAUUGGAUGAAGAACAGAGGCGAUCGAGAGGUCUUUUAACCGCAGAGCAUUACUUUUACCUCAACCAAGGAGGAGAUUCAGGAGGCGCUGGUGCUGGCGCUGAUUGGUCGGCGUUAUGCGGUGCCAUGCAAGUUUUGGGCAUUGGAGAUUCUGAGAGAGAGGAUAUUAUAAGAGUGCUUGCGGCAGUUCUGCAUUUGGGCAAUGUGUAUUUCCAUAGAAGGCAACUGCGUCAUGGUCAGGAGGGGGUGCAGUUAGGCGGGGGUGCUGAAGUGCGCUGGGCAGCGCAUUUAUUGAAGGUCCCUGCUGAGGCAUUGGCAAGGGCGUUGACGACGAGGGUCACGGCAGCGAGGGCGGAACGCAUGAGGUCUCCCCUCCCGAUUGAUCAGGCUUUGGACGCGAGAGACGCGUUCGCUAAAGCCCUAUACUCUUCUCUAUUCAACUGGCUAGUCCUCCGAAUAAACUCGAUAGUUCACCGCGCUGGGUUACACGACGCCCACCGCAUAUCUCUGCUCGACAUCUUCGGGUUCGAAGAUCUAGAGGAGAACUCUUUCGAGCAGCUGUGCAUCAACUACGCGAACGAGACGCUGCAACACUACUUCAAUAAGCACAUAUUUAAGCUGGAACAACAGGAGUAUCAGAAGGAGCGCCUGGAGUGGUCUAAUUUGACUUGGAAUGAUAAUUCUCCAGUGAUCCAGCUUUUAAGCAAAAAGCCAGUGGGAAUCCUGCAUCUGUUGGACGAUGAGAGUAACUUCCCGCGGGCGUCCGACGCGUCGUUCCUUGAGAAGUGCCAUUAUAACCACGCUUUAAACGAAUUGUACUCCCGACCGAGGUUAGGGGCUAGUGAGUUUGGGAUCAAACACUACGCCGGCCAAGUGUGGUACAACGUAGAAGGGUUCUUAGACAAGAACCGCGAUGCCCUACGAGCAGACGUUCUAGAACUAUUAUGCAGCAGCGAAGUGCCUUUAGUGGCUGAAAUGUCGGCUCAGCUACGCGCCCAGCAUGACGCCAACAAAACAUUACCCAGAGGAGCGAAUGGACGCUUCGUUACUAUGAAGCCAAGGACACCGACGGUUGCAGCUAGGUAUGUGAACGAUUAGUGAACGUUAAAGAGCUGUUAUGCAGCAGCGAGGUGCCUUUAGUGGCUGAAAUGUAUCGCCUUAAAUACGGACAAGUCGCAAACGUUCGACAUGCCAUGUGUGUUAGACCAACUGAGAUACACCGGCAUGCUAGACACCAUCAAGAUCCUAUCCUAUAGAACAGGGAUGGAUAACCGUAUUGUUGUUAUUAAUAUUAUGUAUCUCUGCAGGUACCUGCUAAAGUCGACUCCGCCGCGGUCUACGCCAUACCGGGAGAUUUGCAACUCAAUCCUCGCCGAGAUGCCUCCAACGGGUGCUGUCGGCGCGGAUUACCAACUAGGCGCAGCGCGUGUGUUCAUUCGGGAAGCGCUGCAUCGCGCUUUGGAACGCGCGCGCGCAGACAAGCUCAGAGCCGCCGCUACGAAACUGCAGGCGCAAGUUAGGGGGUACUUGGCAAGAAAACGCUACAAACAGCUUCACCACUCCACCGUCAAGGUCCAAUCCUGGUGGCGCGGCGUGGUGGCCCGGCGGAGGUUCCAGGUGGCCCGCCGAGGAGUUGUGAAGGCCCAGGCGUUGGUCAGAGGCCGCCGCGCGCGCAGACGGUUCGCUGCUAUUAAGGAACAGCACAGAAGGAGGGUGGAGGCCCAGCAACAAGCGGCCAAGCGUCGCGCAGCAGAACAGAAAGCGCAAAAAGCGAAAGCGGAAAGCUUGCAAGCGCUCGAAGUGCCUGCCGACUUGGCGUUCAUCUUGUCCAAGCUGGACGAGUGGCAGCCUCCCCACACUGACAAGAAUCUGGCCAAGGUAUCAGGCGACGUGUACGCUGAAGACGAUUACAUCCAAAUGCCUCGUGACCUCCAGCAGUUCGCGUUCAACAAGUUCAGUUCCGUAUACUUCGCCGACGGAGGCCAGCUCAGUCCUAAGAAGUACCCCAUCACUAGGCCCUUCCUGUCUAAAGCUGCUGUCAGAGAUCAAGACUUCAAUGAUGCUGUAGCUACAUUCAAACUGAUAUUGAGGUGGUGUGAUGAGUCCGCCGCCGGGAAUGAGGCAAGGCAAAAGGUGCUAGCAGACUACAUAGCGUCACGUGGGUUAGCGUCGCGAGGACUUCGCGAUGAGAUACUGGUGCAGCUGUGUAACCAGGCAAGCGGCGGUGAUGCCCCGGACCGCGUGUGGCAGCUCAUGGCUCAUUGUCUGGAGGUGUUCCAGCCAGGACCUCCACUGCACAAAUACCUAGUCCGCUUCAUAUCGGAGCGUGCGCCGGCAUCGCAUCGCUCGCUGCUACUGCGUUUAGUAUGCGGAGGCGGAGCGGGUGCUGCAAGGGCCGCAGCCGUGCCGCGCCGCUGCCCGCCCACGCUGCUGGAAUGGCGUGCUGCUAGUACUGAUACAAGACCGGCGCUGCCUCUGAGGCUUUACGACGAGACAGUGCAGCACGUGCACGUGGACUCGUGGACGUCGUGCGAGCGCGCGGCGGCGGCGGCGCUGGCGGCGGCCGGCGUCUCGCAGCACGCCGCUGGCUGGACGCUUACUUUGGAGCACAACGGACAGCUCACAGAAUGGGCAGGAUGCGAGUACGCCCUCGACGCAGUAGGCGAGAUAGAAACUUGGACCGCUCUGCCUAGCUCCCGCGGGGAGCCACUGCGGGCCACGGCCACGCGCCACACGCCGCCCGCGCCGCCGCCGCGCGCCUCAUCCGUCGACGCCGAGCGAGCCACCCGGCCACAGGUCCCACCACCAGAACCACCGAAAUCUCGUUCACCCAGCAUCCAGCGUCUUCUCCAAGAAUCAAUCGAUGAAGGACUCUCAGAAUACAACUGGAAGAUCGAACGCGACGAGGCCGCUUUGACUAAACACAACGAAUAUUCCAGAAAGGACAGCGAAUAUUCUAGAAAGGACAGCGAAUAUUCCAGAAAGGACAGUGAAUAUUCUAGAAAGGACAACGAAUAUUCUCGAAAGGACAACGAAUAUUCUAGAAAAGUAUCCCACGAUAUACUGUCCAGGGAGUCCGCAUUGAACGAACGAUACUUCGAGCAGAAUAAUGAUAAAGUCAGGAGUCGGUCUUUGGAUAAUUUGUUAGGGGACAACCCUGUGCCGCCGCCGAAUAAGUUGGCUGACUUGGGUCUUUCGCAGUCUCGACUGAACGAUCGGUACCAUUCUGUGGAGCGACUUGGAGGUGCUCCAAGUGUGGCCAGCAGUAAGGGAGCCAUGGAAAUGGACUAUGGCACGGGGUCGCGCGUGGUUCCUUCGCGGUACAUCAAGUCGCAGUACGCCGGGAAACGCGCGCCAGCCGGCUCGCAGUCCAGUCGCGCUUAUAUAGAGAAGAGCUCUGAAUUUGGUGGUGUAAGAUCCUCAGCCAUGUCGGACACGUCCGAAGCCCCUUCGCUCGCCUCUCAUGUGCGACGCGUCCGCGUGCCGAGUCAAGCCUCUGACGUAGACCAGUUCCUGGAUGACCUGUUCUCACCUGUCCUGGACCCAAACAUCGACGAACUCUCCGAUGCCAGAUCACUAGCCGCCAGCAUCAAGGGCGGACGAAACUAUACCCAAUUCAUCGACCACAUACUCUCAUGUGACUACAACGAACAAAUCGAAACGCUAAACAACGCUAAGGAUCUAGAAAUCUUAAUCAAAGGCGGCGGAAAAGACGACAAAGAAAAAGACAAGACGAGUAGAAAACAAUCGAGCGUCGACUCUGUGGACGACUACAUAACAAACUUAUUCGACCCGAUAUUCAUGAACGACAGUCUGAAAAGAUUGACAGAUGGUGAAGGCUUAUCUGAAGCCAUCAAAGGUGGUGGAGCAACGCCUAGAGCGGCGUCGGCCAAUACUUCUGCACUAAGCUUUGGAGCUUUAUCGAUUCCGUCCAUGCCAACCACGCCUGAAGCGUUAGCCGCGGCAAUGGGUCUUCACUUCCCUCCAUCUGGGACAGUAGAUAUGAAUGCGUAUCACCAGAAUCUACAAAGAGCAUUUCUGCAAAGUGCCAUGGCUCAGAACCUGCAAAUUCAGCAGCAGCUGCUCGCUCAGAAUCAAGCUUUACAAACGCUUUUGGCUGGGCAAGUCGUUGAACCUUCAGAGUCGGAGCCUACGUCGCCCGUUCGGUCGUCGACAGUCGUGCACGCUCAAGUUCAUUCACCCCCGAGAAACACUCCGAAAACAAGACGAGAAUCGAAUGAGAGCUCGUCGACAGGGGCGCCUCCCCCGCCGCCGCCGCCCAUGCCCCCACCGCUGCAUGACAUAGAUCCAUCUGAAGUGCGGCCUUUCAUGGACCCCUACGGCCGGGCCAAAACCGUUCGCAUAGGCAAAUGGAGGUGGCCCCCGCCGAAGGACGCUGCGGGCCAGGACCUCAACCAAGACUUCACUAAAUUCAAAUUGCGUCAAAUUCAACGAAGACACACUCCUCAAGCUCAAACUAAUGGCAUCGAACACCCUGACCCGCCGAGAGGUAGAUCUCGCUCAGAAGCGUCGCCGGGUAUCGAAUGGGAAGAAUUUGAAGUAGACGGACGGGGACCAGUUUCUCCCAGCAGAGAACCGCCUAAUCAGAGAACGGCCCGUAGAAGCUUUGAAAUCGGGGCACAAAGACCCUCACCUGGAAGCGUGGGCAAACUAAAGCUGAGCUCCGAAAUGAGACAGCGGUUGGAGCGCGUCACAGCAAACCAUUCUGUGCGUAGCUCGUCAUCGGCUGCGGAGACUCCUAGAACUGUUAACAAAUUGGAAGAUACUAGGAAGUUGAUGUUGGAGCGUCAGUUAGGUGGAGGAAUGAGAUGGGACGCCCCACCACCUCCGUUACCGCCUGCACCGCCAGGCCCGGCUCCACCACCCCCUAAAUCACCCCCUACUCCACCUGACAAACCAGCCCCUCCUCCGCCAAUACCAGACAGUUCGUCCUCAUUUGCCCAGCUUCGUCGAGACCGCGAUACGUUUGGUGUUCAUCAAAACAGAGAAGCAGACGAUCGUCACAAUUUCCUUGCUAACUGGAAUUCUCGAAGAAGAGAGGAUUCUGAACCGCCACGCGAUGAUUUAGCUACGCGUUUCUUGACAUCGGACCGUCGCGAACGACGUGUCAGAGAUGAUUGGGGUGACGAGUCCGAUAUUAGGAGUUACAAUGAAGAUAGAGAGCGACAGCACGGUCGUGAUGAAUGGGACUCCGAGUCAGGGUUAGACGGCCCCAGUCGUCACGACCGGGACAACUUCUCUGGGCGAGAUGCUUCAGAAAUCUAUGAGAUACAUCCAGCCAGAGCUGAGAGGCGGAAAGAAGAAAAUGGAAUUGACGAAGGUUUUGACCGCAAACGGUCGCCGUUUUAUGAUGAUUUCAAACGAUUUGAUGGGCGGAAGAACUCUCGUGAUAUGCUAGUCGGUCGUGUUCGUGAGAGUCCGAGGUCGGACGCGAUGUUUCCUCCAGACAACACUGAGUCGGCGAAGAGGACCGAGAGAGCGACGUUUAAAACUCACAUGCAACAAAAAGAGCGAGACAGGAAGAUGGAAGCCGAGAGGAGGCAUUCUGUUUCGACGCAUGUCACGGACAAAACGGAACACAUUGAACGCGACGCGCCCGCGCCGCCAGUGCUGCUGCCCUCAGAGCGCGCGUUCGUGACGUACGCGCGCGUGCCGUGGAAGCUGCGUGUGCGCAAGGAACUCUUCACGCCGCUAGAGAACUACAACGACCCGGCUGUGUUAGACCUUUUGUACGCACAGAUAAUCCACGACAUAAACUCCACACUGCCAUCGCUUCGCAUCAGCGCGAGCGAGCGACGAGCGGGCCAGGCUUGGCUCCGGUCCCAAGGCACCGCGCCCAUCCGAGCCCAGACCAAACGCCAAGCUGUGGAGAUGGCUAGAAGCUGGCCUUUCUACUUCGCCAGGCUCUUCAGUGCGAGGGUCCCACCGGGAGAGAACGCUGUAUUGGCUGUCUCCCAUAAUGCAGUUACGAUUGGAGUUAAAGGCCCUACCGGUCUCCAAACCCGCCGCUCGCUACCACUCAGCGGUCUCCGCGCCACAGCACCGGCGCCCGCAUCGUUACAGCUAGUGAGCGCGCGCGAGGCCCCGCUGACGUUGCACGUGCCGCUCGCGCAUCACGCGCACGCGCUCAUCGCAGAGUUCGCGCUGCAGCACGCCCAGUUCUAA